GCUUUUUGUCUCCCCCUUUCGCUUUCCUUAUCUCUUCGACACCAACACAUUCACAACACGCACACCCACACAUAUAUAAACCAAUAGACUGAUACAAAUUCACAUCAUCAUCAUCAUCAAAAACUCCGACAAGCAUUUUUCUACUCACAACUAAAGAAAGAGAUGGAGAUGCAAACAAAAUGCGACUUGGAACUUCGCCUAUCCCCGUCUUCUUAUGAUUCUGAUUUCCAUAGCUCGUUGGAAGAAUCGAGCAGCUCUGAAGUUUCACAACAGAAGCAAGAACCUCAGAUGCUAACCAUUUUCUACAACGGGCACAUGCUUAUUUCUUCAGACCUUACCAAUCUUGAGGCUAAUGCUAUACUAUCGCUAGCGAGUAGAGAUGUGGAAGAGAGACCACCAUCAUCGUUGAGAAGUUCACACGGUUCGGAUCCUCCAAUGAUAACAAACAAUUCCACCCGAAUUCAACAGCAAAAGGCCUCAAUGAAGAGAUCUCUUCGGAAUUUUCUUCAGAAAAGAAAUGUUCGGAUUCAAGCAACUUGCCCUUACCAUCGUUCCCGAUAACACUAUAUUUACUAAUUUAUUUCAUUUUUCUUUCUCUUCUUUUGGCUAGUUUUUUCUUCGUGUUUCGGAUGGAUUAUAUUUGUAUGAGAUAGACCCUUUUCAUUAGCUUUAGAGUUUCAAUGUUUGAGAUUUUCCAGCUACUUGUGUUUAAGAAAGGACUUUAUAGCUUCUACCUAUUUAA